AUGGGGAAAGCGCGCACUCUCAGUCGACGACGGGCGGCGAGCACCGCACCCGGCACCGUCGUCACGCCCGUGCCGUCGCUCACGCCCAAUGAGCGCGCGUACAUGAUCCGCAAGGCGAAAGAGGCGUCCGUCGCGCUCGUCGAGCACGCGCACACGCUCGAUGGGCCCGUGCAGUGGCACUACACGGGCAAGUUCCGCGGCAUCCAAAUGUACCGCGGCGAAGGCAGUUACGACCACGGAGGAGGCAGUAGUAGCGGCACGGAGUUCCUAUGCGGCGUCACGACCAUGAUGGGCUCGAUCGAGGAAGUGGCCAACUACUUUAACCAGCAGACGACGGAGCAGAUGCGGGCGAAGAAGGCCGAAGACGUGCUCGACUGUGGCGUGCUGUACCUGCUCGUGCGCGGGAAUCCCAAGAACCCGUUCUACCGCGUCUCGGCCAAGUACCAGCUCUACGAAGGCCCGUCGGCUUUCUCAAGAGAGCGGGACUACUGCUUUCUCGAGUGCCAAAACACGUUCCAACACGCGUCUGGACGCCGCGGGUGGGUGCUCAGCAUGCACUCGAUCAAGCUCCCGAGCUGUCCAGAAGUCGACGGCGUCGUGCGCGGCAGCAUGUACCAAAGUGGCUACGUCUUUGUCGAAGCGGAGAAGAAAGGCUACAUGGACGUCAUGCACAGCCUGCAGAUCAACUUUAAGAGCACGAACCGCUUGCCGCACUUUCUCUUGAAUUCCGCGCUCCGGCGGCGCAUUCUGUCGGUCGUGACCGUCAGUCGCGAGAUCCAGACCACGCGCAUGGGGAGACAGACGCUCUUGAAGAAGAAACAGCUCAUGCCGAAGCACUCGCGCGUCUUGUGCGUGAACUGCGCCCGCAAGUUCUCGCUGUUUGUGCGGAAAACGCGCUGUCGCAUCUGCGGCGAAGUCGUGUGCCAACCGUGUGCUCCGCAGGUCACGCUCUCGACCAAGUGUGGCGUCAUCAAGACUCGCGUGUGCACCAAGUGCUACCACUUGUCUCCUAGUGAUGACUAUAGCGAAGAGGACGCGCUGCGGGAGGAAGGCGAAGACUUGCGACGAAUGGAGAACGAGACGCGGUACUCGGAUAUUCUACAAGACCAUCAGGAUCAUCCGGAUAAAUACCGUGACCACGACGACGAUUAUGACGACAGUCUGGACGACGACAAAGACGAGGAUGGACUUGAGGAGCAGUCGGACUAUAGUGUGUUUGCCCAGUCUCGGUUCACAGACGCGAGUCGCGAUUCCGCUGGCACGAGUCAAUUUGGUGCGUCGAAAUUUGACAGCCACUUUAAGGGGUCUAGUCAGUUCGGUGCUACAAACGAACUUGAUGAUAGCCAGUUCAACGGUGGUAAUACCAGCGUGGACAGCUCGGUCAGUGGCACGAGCACGUCGGACUGGACGGGAGGCAACAGUGCGGUGAGCAGUGUAAUGGAUUGGAAGCAGGCUAGCAGCACGAGGCCAGGUGAUGGCUACAUUUACGACCCGCAAGCCUCGACCACGAGUAACAACUUUUACGGAGCAAGCUCUGGUGGGAGCAGUGAUUAUGAAGCAAGCUAUCGCACGCACGAACGGAAGCCGGACAAGCGAGCGGGAAAAUACAAAGCAGCUGUGCCUAUCCCGGAGAACGAAGCUCAUAGUCAUCGUGGUGGCUCCGCUACAAGCUACAACUCCAGUACGAAAUCUAAGUCGAUGCGGCGGUCAAACAAUGGGGCAAAGCAAGCCACAAUGUAUGACGCGAAUUGUGAUAGCCGCGCGCUCAACGAGAGCCAAACCGGCAAGACUUUGUCGAUCCAAAGUCUUGCAAAAUCUCGUGCGGCACGGUAUGGAAUUAAGAGCCAAUUUCCGCCCCCGCCUCCUCGCAAUCUGCCACUUGAAGAAUGCGAGCGCGAAGUAGGUGACAGUCCUUUAUACCUCGGAGCGCUAAAGUCGGACAAAAUUCACAGCUCAAAGGAUCGAAAGGUGCACGGUAUUGCUGCGCGCAAGAGUAUUGCCCCACCGUCUCCAAAAGAAGGGUGCCGUGAGACGGAUCGACUAUCCGCAAGACGUGCCCCCAAGAUACCCCGGGGCGUGACGUCGAAUGCCGCAGUGGCUCGCAGGGGUUCUCAGGCUUCCCGUGCUAGUUCAAGGGGCUCAAAAGGCCAUGGUAGCAAUCGGUCUUCUGUGAUUGUGGAGCAAGUGCGCCGCAACCGCGAUCGGGCGCUCCGUUACAAUUCGGACAUCAAUCUGUCUUCGUCGGAGUUGAAGACGAUGGAGGAAGAACACUUGGCGAGGAUGUGUGAAGUCGAGCGGAUGCAAGAACUGUCCCCAGGAAAGGCGGCAAGGCGAUUGACGGCACCGGACUGGAGUCGCUUAUCUGUGCCAUUAGCCCAGAGUGGUGAUCGUUGUCAUAGCAAUCGUUCUAGUACUGCUGUUGCUGGAAGGAAGCAGAAGCAGCCACUUCGCGGUACCCACCGCUAUUCCAGUCACACGACUUCUAAUUCCCCGAUUCAAUUGCCGUAUGCCUCUCCACCUGGGACCCCUCCUAGUGUGCGAAGCCGUCGCGUGCCUAAGAAUGCAUUCGUCAACAGUCGAACAAGCGGAUCAUUUGGUGGUAAUCGCUCACGACGUAUGGACAAUAGCAGCAAUUUCGAGGCAAGCCGGAUUCUGUCAGACCGAUCAAACAAUACUUUUGUAAAGUCUGAUCAUGCGCGCGUUAGUCUCGCACCAUCUGCGCGUAGCGAAGAUCUUGUAUUUAACACUCAGCGGUCUGGGUUACGUGUUAGCAAAAGUAGCGACUCGUCCUUCAGUGACCGGCGGGUGGACGGCUCGCAGGGUUCAAGCGACACUUCAUAUCGUGAUCGACGAUCGGACGCUUCAAGUGUCUCGACUGUUUCCGACGUCAGGCACCCGGGUGGGUUUUCGCUCGAUGCGUCGCAGGUAUCAGAUGAUGCAAAAUUCUCCAGCAGCAUUGCAAUCCUGGAGCCAACCGUCAAGUCAUCGGAUCGUGUCGCAAUGAUGGAGAGCUUUAGUGCCGAACGCCACUCUCUUGAUUCGCUGUUAGACGAGGAUUUGCUGAAUCAAUCGUUGGCAGGCAUGACUGAGCAUAUUUAUUCGAUGCGAGCUCGCGCAGCGUACAAGCUACCAGAUGAGGAACGCUGUUUAUCCGACGACUUGCAACGACUACAAGAGGAGCACAAGAAGCGAAUGGAGGAGCUGACUAAAAUGACGGACAACCACAUCAUCGCAGACACUGUCCGGGAUAGCACAUCCACUUUUGGUGGCCUUCACGAUAGCACGUCCACUCUUGGUGGACUCCACGACAGCUCAGUUAGCCUAACGGACUACUCUGGAAACUACUUUGGUGGCAGCGCCAUGAGUUCUGCCAGUUCUACUAGCUCUGUCGACAUUGAUGAUGAAACAUUCGAUUUCGGAUCUCGACCGUUUGGACGGUCAAAGCGUAGCGGUACUAUUGCUUUCGCUUUGGAAGAAAUGGGAAGUGUGAAAGAUGACGACGGGGAAAGCGAUGAUCCCGAAGCGUCUUAUUAUUCAGGUCAAGAGCAUGGAGAGCAAGACUGCAGAAGCGAGGGGGAGUCUGGGUACCACUCGAGCGAAGAAUUUGAUGUACGGACGGAAGAACAUAUGCUGUCCGCGCGUCGCUAUAGCGAAGAGUUGGACACGAAUAAUCAUGAAGACGAGGGUGAGUCUAUCAGCAUGUCACAUCGUUUCAGCAGACAGUCUGAAGAACACAAGACUAGACUGGAGUCUGGAAUUCCCACUCCUCCACGUCGCAUAAGUGCGGAAUCUACUGAGCGUGGGUACGAACAAGUGAAUGGUUUAGCCACCCCGCUAGGCUGCUCCACUGCAAAUUCUGUGGAGAGUGUGUCUGAACGACUUAGUGAUCCUGCCUUCCAUCCAAGUGGAGGAAUACAUCAGCAGAAUUCUGGUAUAAUUGCUCCGUCUGAUAGCUCGCGCGUGGAGUCUGCUGAGAGCACGCAUGACCAGAACGCUGGUUUGCGUACACCUCCCCGCCGUUCUAGCGUGGGGUCAGCAGAGAGCAUGGACGAAAAUACGAACAUCCUAGUCACCUUGCCUCGCCGCUCCAGUGUAGAUUCUGGAGGCCAGAGCGGUCAUGAACUGAAAAACGGCUCUGCUAUUCAGCCACACCAUUACAGUGUGGAAUCGUCGGAGAAUGGGUGUGAACGCACAGGUGACGUUGCCUAUUCAUUGUCGCGCUGGUCAAGCGCGGAGUCUGUGGAAAGUGAGCACGAACAAAGUACCGGCAUCGCUACUCCACCGCACCGGCUGAGCGUGGAAUCUGUGGAAAGCGAACACGACCUUAGCACAGGUAUCACUACACCACCGCACUGGCUGAGCGUGGAGUCUGUGAAAUGUGAGCACGAACAAAGCACAGGCAUCGCUACCCCGCCGCGUAGGCUGAGUGUGGAGUCUGUGGAAAGUGAGCCCGAACAAAGUACAGGGCUUGCUACCCCGCUGCAUAGGCUGAGCGUGGAGUCGGUGGAAAGUGAAGAUGACGAAAGCACCGGCAUCGCUACUCCGUCGUGUAGGCUGAGCGUGGAGUCUGUGGAAAGUGAGCACGAACAAAGCACAGACAUCGCUAACCCGCCGCGCCAGCUCAGCUCAGAAUUUGCGGAAUGUGAUCAUGAUUUAAGUACAGGCAUCGCUACUCCGCCGCGCCGGCUGAGCGUGGAAUCUGUGGAAAGCGAACACGACCUUAGCACAGGCAUCGCUACUCCACCGCACCGGCUGAGCGUGGAGUCUGUGAAAUGUGAGCGCGAACAAAGCACAGGCAUCGCUACCCCGCCGCGUAGGCUGAGCGUGGAGUCUGUGGAAAGCGAGCACGAACAAAGCACAGACAUCGCUGACCCGCCGCGCCAGCUCAGCUCAGAAUUUGCGGAAAGUGAGCAUGAUCUUAGUACAGGCAUCGCUACUCCGCCGCGUAGGCUGAGCGUGGAGUCUGUGGUAAGUGAGCACGAACAAAGUACAGGGCUUGCUACACUGCCGCAUUUGCCAAGAUCGGAGUCUAUGGAACGUGAGCACGAAGAAAGCACAGGCAUUGCUACUCCACUGCGCCGGUCAAGCGUGGAAUCUGUGGAGAGCGAGCACGAGCAAAACAUGGGUAUUGCUACCCCGCCGCGCCGUUCAAGUGCGAUGUCUCUGGAGCAUGAUAACGACUAUACGAGCGGCCUAGCCACUCCACAACGCCGUCAAAGCACAGAGCCUGUUGGGAGCGAGCAUGAAUGCGCGAGCGAUUUAGUCACUUCACCACGCCGUCAGAGCGUUCAGUCAGCAGAGAGCGAAUACGGACGUAAUAACAGUUCAGACGACGCUGGGUCAUCGCGCAGCUCCAGCGAAGAAAACGAUGAAGGCCAGGAUGAGACCGUUACGCGCGAAAGUGAUCAUGAGGAUGCCCGGCUUGCGUACCAGUCGAGUGAAGAGCCCCUGAACCAACAGGGUGACUUGGAAUACAUUGAAUCAGCCUACCGCUCGAGCAACGGGUCCAUACCCGAGCACGCUUGCACAACGCCAAAAAGCAUGAGUGAGGAGUCAGUUGCAUUCGAGAGAAGAGAUUCGAAAUCCGAUCCUGACAGCUCGCAGCUUAUAUUAAGCUCGGCCGUUGACGAGUUUAAUGCUGACAUGCCAAAUGUCAUGUCGGAUAGCGAUGAUUCCGAGGACGGAAAUGAUCAAGAGGACACCCAUUCUCCUCAUACCACACCCACUGUUUACUUGGAACAACCGCAGCUGGUCUCAAACGUCGAAAAUGGGGACGGCGACCACGUAAAGCUGUCAUUGUUCGAGACGUCAAUCUCGAACGGGACAUGCGGUCCAGAUGUGCCGGAGCAUGUACUAAGCUCUUUCCGCGAGUCCUGCGUGUCGGUGAUUGACGAAGAGCUAAUGAAUCGCCCAACUAUUGAGCUUUUCGAUGUGGUCCGUGCGAAUCGUUCGACGCACGUCAUAGACGGAAACCGCUCUCCGGACACGAUGUCCAGUCUUGAGGCGAGCCAUUUGCGGCGGAUGGAAGAGCUCAAUCAGAUUGCAGUUGACCACUUGGGCAACCGCAUUUCCGAUCUUGAUGAAGGCUUGCUCGGUAGCGCGUUUCGACCGGGCCGAUCACUGUAUCCUGAAUUCCGAGAUGAGGAUAGAGAGAUGCAGUGGCGCUCGUCCGAUGUCAUGGAGCAAGUUCACAAUAAGCACGAGAUUGACAUGGAGAAACUACGUCGUAGGAUCCGGCGGCUCGAGGAGGAAUGCCGCGAGUCGAUUGCGUCCGUGUUGACCGCUGAGGAAAUGGAUCUAUCCGAGUUUGACGAUGAUGAUGGUGCUUUCAACGGACUGCAGAGCUUCCAUGGCCACCAGAGCUUUAGCAUUGGCAGGAGCUUCAGUCACCAGGCGUCCUUCGCGUCCGGUAAAUCGUCUACCAUUUCGGAAGAUGGCGAUAUGGAUACGUUGAUCGAGACGGACGAGCCAUUGCCCGCUCGGGUUCUUUUUGAGCAGAUCGCCCAGCUGACUCGUUUACAGCAAGAGAUGGCUGAAGCCGAGAACGAUGAGGAUGAAGAAGAAAGUCGCGCGCGCAUCAAGGAACAGUACCGUGUGCUGCGUGCAAUUAAGGCGAACAGGCGCCAGGAUAGCGGGUCACUGAGCGAAGACGAUGAGAACUGGAUUUAG